AUGUAUUGCGCCGAGGUCCGCGACGUACUAGAGCCCUUCUCGAAUAACCAUCCCGGGCCUAUGUACGGAAUGCAGGUGCCAUCGAUGUCGUGGGUGGUUCAUACUGGUCUCGACACCUUCGGACGGUUAAGAUGCCGCAGGGUUCGAAGAAGUGGAGCUCUUGAGACCGGGAGUGAGGUUUCUUACCCCAAGCUCGGGUAUUAUGCGAGGCUCCUAUUGUUAUGGAGCAGGAAGCUCCGGCCUGAUGGAGGCGCAUGCUGUCUUUGCCCCCCCUUCCCCCCAGGUAUGAAGCACCCGAAGCCACCACGACCGUGUUAUACGAGAAGUAUCGCAAAAUGA